UCCGAGUUACGCCACUUCCUCCAUUUUUUUGACAAGAAUCGAGCUCGCUCGCUCCCUAGGGUUUCUGAUCGUACCAACCAUGGCGAACGGCGCUAACUCCGAGGGGCUUCGGAACCUGAGCGAAGUCGUUGGUUUCAAGAGCAGGAUCGGGCGCAUUCUGACGUCAAUCCGCAGAUUCGCCGUCGAUUCCGCCGUCCGGGAGUCCCUCGGGGGCAUUAAUGGAAAUAAGAAGGCAACUAAGUUUAUGCAGGAUGGCGUGAAGGAUCAAGUGCUUUGUCUCUCACUUAAGGAUGAUAACGGACCUGGAGAUCUCAAAGUCGGGCUGAAUGAUAUACAUGAAAUCAUGGAGAAAAGGCGGGAAGGAUUGAAUAAAGUGAGACAAGAGCAUGAGAGGUCAGCUGAAUCUGUUAUGGGGUCGGAAUCUUCGAAGAAGUCGCCAAACGAAGGACCCAAACAGUUGGACCUCCCGAGAGCCGCAGAAAAGAAACUCUUUAUUCGCUCUCGAUUAUGAAAUGGUUUUAAUACUAUGUAAUGGGGCAGGGGAGAUUUUCAAGAAGUUGGAACUGCUUGCUGCCCUGUUCCUUGAUUGUAUCAUGUUGUACGGAUCGUUUCCCUGUAAAUUUCUCUUAUAUGUUUGUAUUUUCGCAUCUUCUUUAGCAGAUAGCAUGUACACGUAUGUAAACUUCGCCCUUAGCAAGGAAGGGGAUCCUCUUUCUU